UGUUUUGCAUUCACGACGCUCACCUCUGCAUGUCGUUUAAAACUUCUCAAUAAUCAGUUAUAAUUCAGUCGUCAGUCAGAAUGUUCAACGAUAAAGUUGUUAUAUUAACAGGAGCCAGUGCAGGCAUCGGUGCUACUUGUGCGACUCGGUUUGCCACGUUGAACGCUAAGCUAGCUUUAGUUGGGAGAAAUGUAGACAACCUGAAUAAUACAGCUGUAAAAUGCGAAGAAAUAAGCGGUAGCAAACCAUUAACUAUAAGAGCAGACAUAAGCGUUGAAGAAGAUGUCAGUAGAAUCAUUGAAGAAACCAUAGCGUGCUAUGGAAGAAUCGAUGUACUCGUUAAUAACGCUGGAUUUUUAAUAAUGGCAGGAUACCAGAGCGACGCUUCAAAUUUGGAUAAACUGAUGGCUACAAACGUCCGUGGGACGUAUCUUCUCACUCAAAAAGCUAUUCCAUACUUAAUUGAAAACAAAGGUAACGUUGUAAAUAUUUCGAGUGUCGUGUCCACGGUGCCCAUUCCCAAUAUGAUGCUGUAUUGUAUGACGAAAGCGGCCCUCGACAUGUUCACAAAAUGUUUAGCAAUAGAAUUAGCGCCCAAAGGAGUGAGAGUCAACGCAGUGAACCCAGGACCAGUGAAUACUAAUUUGUUUACAAGAAGCGGUUUUAGUGAUGCACAAAAUGAUUAUUUUAUUAAAGCUCUUGGCUCCGCGAUACCGAUGAAGAAAGUGCCUACGAGUGAAGACGUGGCGAAGCUAAUUACAUUUUUGGCAAGCCAAGAUGCUCAGUCUAUUACCGGCACUUGCAAUAUCAUUGAUUGUGGCUUACACCUCGGAAAUCCAGCCAAUCUAUAAAGCGUGUUUUUUAUUUAAUGAUAACUGCAUAACGUCAUCGUGAAACAUAUCUAUCUUUGUGUGAAACUUAAUAUCAUAGGUUAAAUAUUGAUGUGAUAUUUGAUUUGAAAUUGAUAAAACUAUAAAGGUAAAGUCUUCAAAUUGUGUUGCUUUUAUUAAACAUAAUAAAUAAAACUAUUAAUCAA